UUGCAGCGAAGUGACCUUGACAGCCGCCAUCCGGGAGUUUGCAGGGAAAGAAGCAGACGCAUGCGCAGUGGUUUCUAAUCGGUUCGACCUCUGUAGCCGAGACAGACCCGGGUUUAUGAUCAAUUCCGAACUCAGCAACCAAUAAAUCCAGACAGAAUGUACGCUUGUGCUAAAUUCGUUUCCACGCCUGCUCUGGUCCGUGCUGGAUCUCGGGCUCUGUACAGACCUCUCUCUGCAUCAGUGCUGUCCCGGCCAGAGGUCAGAACAGGAGAGGGCAAGGCUGCAGCUGUGAGCGGGCCACAGAACUCUGUCUUGGCGCUCAGGGGGUUCCAGACCAGUGCCGUCAGCAGGGACAUUGACACAGCUGCCAAGUUCAUUGGUGCUGGUGCCGCCACAGUAGGAGUGGCUGGAUCUGGUGCCGGAAUCGGGACAGUGUUUGGCAGUCUUAUCAUCGGCUAUGCCAGGAAUCCUUCCCUAAAGCAACAGUUGUUCUCCUAUGCUAUUCUGGGAUUUGCCCUCUCUGAAGCCAUGGGUCUGUUCUGUUUGAUGGUUGCUUUCUUGAUCUUGUUUGCCAUGUAAAAAAAAACUGCUUCGGAUGUUAAUUCUACAUUAGAUGUAACUACGUGUUUUACAGUGGUUACUAAAACUGUUCUGUGUUGGUGUCAUGAAAGUGUACAUUUUUCAGGAUUUUGUUGGAACACUGUCAAACUACAAAAAUAAAAACAUUGUAAGAAUGUAACCAAUGACAGAAUUAAAAUACACGUAUUGGCUUUUUAAAGUCUCAAAUCA